GUACAUUUUGUAAGGGCGACAACAACCAGGUAGCGGUCACUAGUCCCCCGGCUCAUUUUAGCCCCCACCCCACCGUAACACAUAAUAAACUGUUUUUGUUUUUUUCUCUACAAAUAUUUGCUUUUAUCAACUUCUUUUCACAACUGCAAAGUUUCUUCUUAAUGACAUGUCAACACUUGAAGAAGAAGAAAACACAACUGUAUCAGGGGAUGUUGCGUUUAGGUGGGGUCAUAAAUCGCGCGUUGGUAAAAAGAAUCCAAAGAUCCAAUAUUACGAAUCAUUUACUUAUGAUGGCGUCAAUUACUCUCUCUAUGAUUCCGUUUACUUGUGGUCCGGGGAUCAACAUCUGCCCGACAUCGCCAAAAUCAUCGACAUAUACGAGACGCCACGCCUUAAAAAGAUGGUGAAAGUCGUGUGGUAUUUUCGUCCCACUGAGGUACAAAAGUGGUUAAGAGGCGUUCGUCAUCUCAACAACGAGUUGUUCUUGGCGUCGGGUGAAGGCAAUGGCCUUUUUAACUUUAAUCCCUUGGAAACUAUUUGCGGUAAAUGCAAUGUUGUAUGCAAAUCUAAGGAUGAGAGGAACCCGAAGGCAUCCAAGGAAGAAUUAAAAAUGUCAGACUACGUGUUUUAUCGGACGUUUGAUGUAGAAAAAUGCAUAUUAUCAGACAAAUUUCCGGAUAAGAUAGCUGGAGUUGAUGUUGAGCGUUUUUUUAAUCCAAAACCGAAGGGGAACGAUGGAGUUACGAGCAAAUCAAAGUCGCCUUCGAAGUGUGAAACCGAUAACACUUCUACUAUAGUUUUGGGGGUUCCUACUUCAUCAUCGUCUGAUAAUAAUCACUCAAAGAAAAGGACGCUUCAAGAACUUGACGUUGAUAGAACAAAGAGCGUUGAAGCCGAUAGCCAAUCUAUAAUGCUCAAGAAAAGACCAAAAUUGGAUACAAGUGAAUGGUUCAAGAAACUACCUUGGGAGGACCGAAUCCAUAGAGCUCGUCAAGCGGGCUGUCUGGUACUGCUCGAGAAUCUGUAUCAUUCCUUUACAUCAUCACAAGUAGAGGAAAUAGUUUUGGAUGCUUUUAAUAUAAAGGUUAAUGCAAAGAUGAUACAGUGGAGUGCAUAUUCAAGCCCACACAAUGGACAAGCUCUUGUCAUAUUUAACUCAAAAGAUGAAGCGGACUACGCUAUUUCCGAGCUAAAGACCAGAUGUCUAAUCAUAGGAGGUUCAAGAGUUGUUGUCGGUAGUCGGCCAUCACUGAAGGAGCCUGGUAACGACUACCCAUCGAAGUACUUUGGUCAUAUCGCAAUUGACGCUAUGAAACGAAAGCACACUAUGGAUAUGAAGAAUGCGGUUUCGACGUCUCACCAUUCGCAGCCGAAUACUAUUGCAUUUGAAAUGGCAAUGGAGUGGUGGACGCACCAAAAGAAGUGGGAACUAUGUUGGGAGGCAAUGUACAAGAAACAUGGAGAAGAUAUUGCUAAACUUAAGGCUCGCCUCAAGGGUUUCAAAGAAAAAUAGAUGCUAAGCCGAUACCAAGUUUACAAGGGUCAAGAGUUUCCUUUUUGGUAAGUGUAGUGGGUCAAACCCACCCUUGUGAAUCCCUACACUCAACCAUGGUGUAAUUAAAAUGGUAUAUACUCCACGUACCCAUAUUUUUGGCAAAGAUGUAUAGGACUAAAGAUGCUACAUACUCGAAUUUUUGUUAAUCGUUAGGGUGUCAUACUCUUCUGAACGAAUUUCUAAAAGACUAGGUCCAGUCCAAGCUUAGGGACUAAUAUUCGUCUAGUCACUUUACCUAGUUGAGUCCAAUACUCAAAUUUUUAA